GAGAAGGUAAAUACACGAAGAGAACAAAUGAAAUUAUGUUGAUAGAACGAGACAAGGAUUUAAAACAAUGGAGGAUGUAAGGGAUGGAGAUUUGAGGGUACCUUUAAUCUCCUCUCUCUUCUUCGUUUUGGUAAUCAUCGGUGGUAUUUUCCUCACUUUCUACGUUUUUCUACCCAGCAUCGCCCAACCAUGGUUUCCUGUAGUUGCAUUUCUUCUGAUAGGCUCUCCUUGGGCCUUUUGGAUGUUGACCUAUUUGUAUACGUGCUUCAAGGGUACUUGUUGUCCUAGAGAAACUUCCUACCCUUACGACGUCCAUCAGAAUUAUUCAAGGCGAGGGGGUCCUGUUUAUCCAAUGCCACCUCGUCAGAAUGCUAUGAUCUCAAGCCAAGACCAAGCCACGGGUAGGCCCUUAUCCAAGGAUAAACCCCCAAAGCCACAGCCACAGCCACAGCCACAGCCACAGCCAUCAGGUGUUGGUUCAAGGCAUGUCCACUUUGGAGAGGUGGUGGUGGUAGAAAGUGACGGAAGCAAGGUUAUCCAUGAAAUGGAUUCUUGGACAAAUCCAUCCAAGUUAGUCGUAAUGGCACCACCGAAAGCUAGAUCAUCUUGACAUGUAAACUGAUUCAUGUUUGUUGUUACUUCCUAUCUAAUUAUCCAUAUAUUGAUGUAGAAUUAUGUUCAAUUAAAAUGUGAAUUAUAGAUUCAUAAAAAGAAUCAAAAUGCAUGCCCACGAAUUUCAGAACUGGGAGGGGAGAAGCUCAGACGAUAUAUAGCUUGUUAGAAACAAGGAUGAUAGGUUUGCUAUUUUCUCUACUGUCUAAAAAGAUGUAUGUGAAGCUUUCUGUUGACAAAAAUCAUAUGCACCACGAUAUAUUGAUAAUUAAUUAUCCAUGCAUUGUUGAAUC